CUACAAUAGUUGCGGGUUCGCGCUUUUUCUGUGAUAACGGGCCGCGUUCCGCAAAGUCGAACUUUUCAUUCAAGUGGUUUCGUCGUUUUUCUGUUGGGCGGUUUGUGUUUUUCAGUUGAUAUGUGUUGGGAUUGAUACUUUUCCUGGCGUUUCUCGAUUGGUCCAUGGCUGGCACAUUCGCCUCUCUCGGCACCCAUGGUUGCCUCCAGUAUCCCGCCACCAGGUUCAUCCAGCAAAGAAAGACAACGCGACUCAGGCUACGACCAAUCCCUCUCGUCAAACUCGCCAUCCUCAUCGACUCUAAGAACCCAACAUAUCGACGUUAGGCAGUUAUGCCAUUUUUACAAUUUUUCCGCUAACCUAAUCUCGACUAGAGAUCCUUUCUUGCCAGCCUGUCUUUUAAACGUUUACCCAACAUUGUGAUUUUUUUAUAUUACUUGUACAAAUUGAAAAAGUGUCCUUAUAGAGAACAGAAACGUCUGUAUACCUGAUUUAGGAUAGACUGAAGUGUCCUUACGACUAGGAACAAGAUUAGCAUAUCGUAGCUCAUAGGUUUUAUACUGAUUUUUUGGAUUUGAAGUCUACGUUCCGACCUGAUAUGGCGAGACAGUCGAUACGAAGUGCCAGAAAACAAUCGAUAGAUAAUCAAAGAAGAAUUAGAGCUAAUGAUAAACAAUACAAUUCUCAGUUUCGCUAUGCGAACAACUACAUCAAAACAUCAAAGUAUUCUCUCCUUACAUUCCUGCCUCUGAACUUGUUCGAACAAUUCCAACGACUGGCCAACUUCUAUUUUUUGUGCCUUCUUGUCCUGCAGCUAAUUCCAGCUAUUAGCAGUUUGACUCCAGUGACUACAGCUCUACCCUUAAUUGGAGUUUUAGGGUUGACGGCGGUCAAGGAUGCCUACGAUGAUAUUCAAAGACAUUUAUCGGAUUCCCAUGUGAAUAACAGAAAAUCCAGAGUGGUCCGAAAAGGUCAACUUGUACAGGAACGAUGGUCCAACGUCCAAGUAGGCGAUGUUAUCCGUAUGGACAACAAUCAGUUUGUCGCUGCCGAUAUUUUGCUGUUAACCAGCAGCGAGCCAAACGGUCUAUGCUACAUAGAAACGUCAGAGUUGGACGGGGAAACCAAUUUGAAAUGUCGCCAAUGCCUUGUCGAGACCGCCGUCAUGGGCGAGGAUAACGACCUGCUGAGCAGGUUCGAAGGCGACAUAAUAUGCGAGCCACCCAACAACCUUCUGAACAAAUUCGAAGGUGUGCUCACACUCAAGAACAAGCAGUACCCCCUGGACAAUGACAAGAUCAUCUUGAGAGGCUGCGUGCUGAGGAACACAAACUGGUGCUACGGCGUCGUCGUCUUUGCUGGCAAAGACACGAAGCUGAUGCAGAACAGCGGCAAGACCAAGUUCAAACGGACAAGCAUAGAUAGACUACUUAAUUUUUUAAUUAUAGGGAUAGUAUUUUUCUUAUUGUCAAUGUGCCUUUUCUGUAUGGUCGCGUGCGGCAUAUGGGAGUCUCUGGUGGGACAGUACUUUCAGAAAUUCUUGCCCUGGGACAGUCUGGUGCCUUCGGAUCCUUUAGCCGGUGCCACAAUCAUAGCUUUACUAGUUUUCUUUUCCUACGCCAUCGUACUGAACACUGUAGUUCCCAUAUCGCUCUACGUAUCUGUCGAGGUUAUACGUUUCGUACAGAGUUUUUUGAUCAACUGGGACGAGCAGAUGUACCAUGAGAAGAGCGGGACCCAUGCCAAAGCCAGAACUACCACCCUGAACGAGGAGUUAGGACAAAUCGAGUACAUAUUCUCCGACAAGACCGGCACCCUGACGCAGAACAUCAUGACCUUCAACAAGUGCUCCAUAGGCGGCAGAUCGUACGGCGACGUCGUAGACGCUCGCACCGGCGAAAUAAUCGAGAUAACGGACGAGAUCGAACCCCUCGACUUCUCCUUCAACCCGGACUACGAGCCGGAGUUCAAGUUCUACGACAAGAAGCUGCUGGACGCGGUCAAGCGGAAGAACGAGGACGUGUUCGCGUUCUUCCGUCUGCUGGCGCUCUGCCACACCGUCAUGUCGGAGGUGUCGGACGGAAAGCUCGAGUACCAGGCCCAGUCGCCGGACGAGGAGGCGCUAGUGUCGGCCGCGAGGAAUUUCGGCUUCGUGUUCAGGGAACGCACCCCGAACACCAUCACGAUCGAGGUGAUGGGCACCAAGGAGGUUUACGAGCUGUUGUGCAUCCUGGACUUCAACAACGUACGAAAGAGGAUGUCUGUGAUACUGAGGAGGAACGGCCAGUUGAGGCUCUAUUGCAAGGGGGCGGACAAUGUUAUCUACGAACGUUUGAAGAAGGGGAACGACGAGAUCAAGCACGCCACCCAGGAACAUCUGAACAAAUUUGCUGGAGAGGGUUUGAGAACCCUUUGUCUAGCCUCCAGGGACCUGGACGAAGAUUUCUUCAACAACUGGAAGUUGAGGCACCAACAGGCCGCCAUAGCCCUAGAGGGAAGAGACGAACAACUUGACGCCAUCUACGAAGAGAUCGAGAGGGAUAUGAUGCUGAUUGGAGUGACGGGUAUUGAGGAUAAACUACAGGACGAUGUGCCCAGAACUAUCUCCAACCUCAUCCUGGCAGGGAUCAAGAUCUGGGUCUUAACUGGUGAUAAACAGGAAACCGCUUUGAACAUCGGCUACUCCUGUCAGCUGCUGACGGACGAUCUCGUCGACGUCUUCAUAGUGGACGCGUCCACCUACGACGAGGUGCAUCAGCAGCUCAACAAGUUCAAGGAGAACAUAAGGAUAGUGAACACCUUCCACCCGUGCAGUCCCUCCGGCAUCCAGAUAGGUACCACCAACGGCAAGCUGAAUUCUACCCAUAGACUGGCAGGAGAAUCCACGCCGCCCCACGUAAAGAGCCCCCCGGCAGUCAGUAUCGUCACAUUCAGGUGGGAUCACGGUGAUGAUGACAAUGAAAUUCGUGAAAAUUUGAGAGCAAGCACUCAACUCGAGUACCAUGAACCUAAUACAUCCCAAGUGGAAGAUACUCAGGCGGGUUUUGCCAUAUUAAUAAACGGACAGUCUCUGGUGCACUGUUUGCAUCCGCAAAUGGAGAGGCUUUUCGUCGAAGUGGUGAUGCAGUGCAAGUCCGUGAUCUGCUGCAGAGUUACCCCGCUUCAGAAGGCCCUAGUGGUCGAACUGAUAAAAAAGACAAAACACGCUGUUACGCUGGCUAUUGGAGACGGAGCGAAUGAUGUUUCCAUGAUAAAAGCCGCGCACAUCGGAGUGGGUAUAUCAGGACAAGAGGGAAUGCAAGCCGUUUUAGCUUCGGACUACUCGAUAGCGCAGUUCAAAUACCUGGAACGUUUGUUGUUGGUGCACGGUAGAUGGUCCUACUACAGGAUGUGUAGUUUCCUAAGAUAUUUUUUCAAUAAGAAUUUUGCCUUCACACUGUGUCACUUGUGGUACGCCUUCUUCUGUGGAUUCAGUGCCCAGACUGUAUUCGAUCCUAUGUAUAUAUCAGUAUAUAAUCUAUUUUACACAUCCUUACCCGUCCUAGCUGUUGGCAUAUUCGAUCAGGAUGUCAACGAUAAAAACUCCAUUCUGUAUCCUCAGCUGUAUAGGCCAGGUCAUCUGAAUCUGUUUUUCAACAAGAUGGAGUUCUUCUGGAGCGCCCUGCAGGGUUGCUAUGUGUCCAUAGUAUUAUUCUUCAUACCGUUUGGUACUUAUUACGAUGCUGUGAGCCCCAGUGGGCAAGGUUUAUCCGAUUACAUGUUACUAUGUAGUGUAAUGGCUGCUAUUCUUGUCAUUGUUAACACUGCACAGAUCGCCCUUGACACCUCCUACUGGACAACGGUGAACCACAUCAUGAUAUGGGGUUCCCUGACGUUCUUUUUCCUCAUGGACAACUUUUACAAUUUCGUCGUGGGCGGUCCAUAUGUUGGUUCCUUAAUUAAAGCCAUGAGCGAGGCGAACUUCUGGUUCACCACUGUUCUCGUGGUGACGGUUUCCGUCAUGCCGGUGCUAGCCUGGAGGUUCUAUUUCUUCGACGUGUCGCCAACCCUCACCGACCGCGUCAGGCUGAAGCAGAGAGUGGACCAGGUGCGCUCGAGACACAGCCAGGACGUGAUGAGGACGCCGUCCGCAAGGAGGGCCAGGAGGUCGAUCAGAUCCGGCUACGCAUUCGCGCACCAGGAGGGCUUCGGUAGGCUGAUAACCUCGGGAAAGAUCAUGCGCAAGAUGCCAAAUCCAGAGUUCAACAUUUCCAAUAUAAUAAGGUUCAGAGAUUCGACGAAGGAGCCGAAAGAGAGCGAUCCUAGUAGAUCUGUUGGCAACAACAGUGAUGUGCGCGCGCCAAUGCAAGAUCUAGAUACCAUAAAUUUGUGAGGUUAGGUCAGCUGGCAUUUUACAAUGCCAGUUGCACAAAAAAGUUUCAAAAUCGAUAGUGGUGCUUUGUUAAUUUUUAAAAACUCCAUAUUUAUUAAUUAAGGUUAAAACCAGUUUUAUUUUUUCCUCUUUUUAUAGUUUUAUAUUUGAAGUAUUUUGAAGUGAUAUAGCAGUAUUUAAUGUAUUAAAUAUUUAUGUAGCAUUUACAGCGUAAUGUCCAACUGUUGCAAUAUGAAGAGUACUAUAACAAAAUAAAUGACUUAUCUCUAUUCAAUUAUUUGGAGCACAUAUUGCUGCAGUUUUCUUCAUUCUAAUCAAAAGAACGAAUAUUUCAUUCGAUAAUUUCAACAAACAGUGAUCAGUUUUGGAAUAGUGUUGUAUUUUUCAUAAUUGUAGCCGUCCUUUCUUAGAAAUACACACGGAGGGUCAAGUAGGAAUUUAAUUUCAUUAUAAAACCUGCUUUUGACUAGAGGCAGGUCGAGAUCAGUAAUUUUUGGACAAAAUCUGUUUGUACAAGGACAGUGUUUCUUUUUUUUUCCUGAUCUUCUUUAUGAAUCGUAAAAGAUGGGCGUCAGUGAAGACUCUUGUGAUUUUAGGAAUAUGCAUUGGUAACUAAUUCUUGGUCAUAAGAUGGUACGUGUUUUUUUCUAAAACUCUGACUGAUAAAAUGAACCAGACUCAACUGAACAUGAUAGUCUCAUUUCCAUCAGUUUAAGUGGUCCCUCUCCUAGACCCUUCGCUUAUAUCGGAGAAAUAUGAAUACAGUCAAUAAAAUAGAUUAGGUGGAGUUGCCUUAAAAAAAAUUGUUCUAAGUGAAAAUUUAUAUUGUAUGAACUCUCGAAGAGUGUCAGUAUUUGGCAAUAAAUUUGGAAAAACAAGUAAUAUUCUUCAUAGUUUGGUAGUACAUUAGAUUCCUUAGAAUAUUUAUCAUGCUAUUAUACUUAGAAGAGAGGAAAACUGUUUGUUGAAAUGAUUUCUGUGUAUACUUUUACAAAUUAUUGUUUUUCUUCAAAGCGGAACCCAAAUAUUAUAUUGUUGAAAUUUCUGCAGAAUAUUUUUUUUACAAAAUUGGUACGAAUGUUACAAGGUUAAAAAUUCGGAAAUUUAUUGUUGUUUCAUUACUUUUUCUAAUCAUAGUCAACUUAUCAUCAGAAUUUAUUUUCAAAAGUAUUAUUCACAUUUUAAUUUUCCCACAUCUCAUUCACUGAAUGAAUUAAUAAAGCACUGAGUUGCUGUAAGUUGUCUAAGCUUUAAUGGAGUAUAUAUUUUAAUGAUAAAACUGUUGAACCCAAUGUGUAUGUUCAUGGGUUACUUAAUUACUAGUACUGUUAAAAGUUGUUUUCUUUUAAGCUUUUUGAUUUUUUUACAUGAAUUUUUAAAAUUAAGUCCAAAAAUUUUUAAUCUUUUUACGAAUUAAUUCAUUCUAAAUAUACCCUUGUUACUUUCUUUGCAAUAUUUGAAUAAUAUGAUCAAUUAUUUUUCCUAAUUAUAGAAGUUGCUAGUCAUUAUAAUGUUACAAUUAAUUAUAAAGAAAUAUAAAAUGUAAAUUCUUGUUUUUGUAUAUAAACGUUUAUUUUUGA